GAGAGUCUGAGCAUCAUUCCGCUCAGAAUUGACUCUUCAGCUUCUCUUUCCACCGACACGAUGGAGAAACUCCCCUUCACGCACGGAUUCAGCUCUGAAACCAACGCGACGCGACCCUGGAGACCCUGGAUCCACAAAAGCAGUCACGAACGCAGAACAAACGCUUCGAAGCCUUAUGAGAGAGCACCAGCUGCUGAGCAGCUCUUGAAAGCGCCUGAGAUCACACACCCUGUCAAAACCGUGCGUCUGAUCUGUGGGACUCAUGUUGAUUUGUGCAGGUUGUUCUGGCCCAGAUCUCGCUGUUUCGAUUAUCUGUACCUGGACGCUGAGGUCCUCCUGCGCAGUUAUCCGGUUCAGGCCACUAUCUGUCUGUGUGAGGACUCAGAGAGCGAGGAUGACGAGGAGGAUGAAGAGCCAGAGAAGAACCUCAGCUGAAGACCUUCAUCACUUGAUUUAGUCCAUGCGUGUAAAUAGUUGUGCUUAUGUGUAUAAAACUAGAAGUCAAAGUGUAAAUAUUUUAUUUUUUAGUAUUUAUGUUAAAUUAUUCUACAUGCCAACUGUAACUUAUUUCCUACAAAUAAAUAUUUGAAAUAUUA